AUGUCUGACGACGAGGCCGAUCCCGAACUCCUGGAACUUCUCCGCCAGCAUAUCCAGGGGAAAUUAAAAGUUGAUGAUGAACCGGAUACCGGCGUUCUGGAGGGUGCCGAAUAUGUCUAUGACAACUCAAUUGAUGUUGCCAUCGAUAUGAGAGCGAGCAAGGCAGCGGCCGUCACCAUUUACAACUUGAUGAAGCAAAAGGGGUACUCAACGUCGACAUGGUCAGAGCAUGAACUUCAUCCAAAAACCAAGGAUGAAAGUACCCUAGCUUUCAUAUUUACUAUGGAUCUCCUAAAUUUCUCGUUCUGGUCUGAGCUACCUGCAGAGGAGAGGUUCGCAGUUGAGUAUCGCGGCCAGACUUGGACAGGAUAUUGGAGUCUUGUCGCUUCAUUGCAGAGGGCUCUUGAAGAAGGGAUUCCCAUCACGAGCUCGGACUUUUGGCAAAGUGAAGAUGAGUGCACUCUCGAGGUUCUGAAGCACGUCUUUAGAUCGACCACCGAAGAAGAGAUGCCGAUGAUUGAGGAACGCCUUGCUUGUCUGCGUGAGGCCGGAAAGGUGCUCUAUGAGAAUUACGGAUGCAGCUUGGAAGAGCUCAUCUGGUCCGCCAACGGCUCUGCUGCUGCCCUCGUGAACAUCCUCGCCCGUGACUUCUCUUCCUUCCGUGACGAGUUCACUUUCGAGGGGCGACGGCGUCCGGUCCGCUUUCUCAAGCGCGCCCAAAUCUUCGUUGCCGAUGUGUGGGCUUGCUUCGACGGCCAGGAUUACGGCGACUUUUAUGACAUUGACAAGAUCACAAUGUUUGCCGAUUAUCGAGUGCCGCAGAUCCUAAACGCCAUGGGUUGCUUAUACUACAGUCCCUCUCUUGUCUCGUCCAUCAAGCAGGGCAAGCUGAUUGGCUCUGGAACUUAUUGGGAGCUGCAAAUUCGGGGAUGCAGUAUAUGGUGUGUUGAGCUGAUUAGGAGAGAAAUAUUGAGGAACCAUCCCGACGCCCAGGUCAAUGCAAUUCUGAUCGACUUUUUCUUAUAUGAUACCAUCAAAGAGCGGGAAGAGAAGGGAGAAGAGGGGCUUUUGACACAUCACAGGACUAGAAGCAUCUGGUAUUAG